UUGAAUGAGGGAGACAGGUAAAAAAGGUGAUUUCUGUUUAACUUAAACUUUCUAGAUUUUUUCUUUUGGACAGAUAGAGACUAGGAAAAGGAAAUGUACUUUUAGAAAUGCUGUCGUCCGUUGUUGGUACUAGGGAACAGAAUUAGGAGUUCUGUUUGGGAAUCGAUGAUCCCAGCUUCUUUACAAAUCGAACAAACAAAAUUUCUCCAAGAUUGCUUGCCUAGUGUUGUGCAGAAACUUGGGGUAAUCUGAGCUUUGUCUUUGCUUUAUUUGGGAUUAGUGAAAUCCCAAAUCAUCAGGAAAAGAGAGAAGCAGCAGUUACUAUCAUUUCUCCUCACCAAAUGCAUUAGAAAUGGAUAGGAGUUUUGGGACAAAAACAGGAACUCAUAACAGGCUGCCUUCCAAAAAAGAACUGGAGCCAAUCGCUCCCCUUGCUGCGGAGGCCACGACGUGUAAAAACAAACACAAGGGUAGUUGAAAACGAAAUAUGCCGGCCCCUUUCGGUUGUGCUAUAUUAUGAAUUCAGCUGGCAUCCACCAGGACAAGACUUGAUCAACGCAAAGUUAAAAGGAAGACUGUCAUAAUCCUUGAUCCUCCAUCCAUGCCCUUGCUCUCUAUCGAAUUUUCAAGAUAAAAGGUAAAGAGAAUAUCCUUUCCAGAAGGGGAUCAUUUGGUCUUUGUGCAUGGUAUUGUACCCCAUAAAAUGAUUGCUAUGUGACAAAUUACUAAGCUUCUUGAAACAGCCAUAGCUUUCAGCUCCAACAUAACUUGCAUUUCAUUUUUUACCAGUUAUUUUCUUUGUUUCUCUCUUUGGAUUAUGCUAAGUUCUUGCAAAACCUGUUGGAUCUCUCUGUACAAGAGAGCGAAACUGUUUCUUCAUGUCAAACGAUGCAAGAGAAGAAACCUUCGCCGGUUAUCGUCAAGUUUUGAUUUGAUAACAUCGUCAUUUGGGGCCAUGGAACUGUCUGGUCAGUUUAGACAAGUAUUCAAAGUCAUCGACGCAAAUGGGGAUGGGAAGAUAUCUUCCUUAGAGCUCCGUGAAGUGCUUUUGUGCCUUGGACAUGAAAAGUCUACAGCCUUCAAAGCAGCCGAAGGAAUGAUCAGAGAAAUGGAUUUCAAUGGAGAUGGUUUCAUCGACCUGGAUGAGUUUAUGCAUGCAGUUAACACGGAUGGAGCAAUCUGUAGCAAUAGCGAGGAAGAUUACCUCAUGGAUGCUUUUCACAUCUUUGAUACUGACAAGAACGGGUUAAUCUCUGCCAAAGAGUUGCGUAAGGUUCUGAUUAGCCUUGGAUUCAGAAAGUGUAGCCUUCAAGAGUGCAAACGCAUGAUCAGAGGUGUUGAUAAGGAUGGAGAUGGGUUUGUGGACUUCAAAGAAUUUCGAUCAAUGAUGGCCGCAGGUACAACUUGAAGCUGAAGAAAAGCCAAUAAAGCUUAAUCAUGAAAAUUCUCCAGGUACCUAUAAUUCUUUUUCUUUAAUGUUCUGUCUAGAACUACGACCUUAUCAUUUGAAGCUUGGUCUAAACGUAAUGAGUUGAAAGUAGAGCUCUGUAAUUUAGCUUUGGUCCCUGAUAGAGCUGUCUAUAACACCAUAGCCAUAUGAUUAAAGUAGAAUUGAAGCAGAUUGUGUGAGCAAAGGGGGCAGAAUUUUAACUGAAGUAGACCCUUAAAUUUCAAGUUUGUAAGAAGUUUUGUUGGAUUGUUCCUUCUACCGGUAUCAAUGGUGCUCCUUGUCUUCCUUCCUUUCUGUCAUCCUCACAUCAACAUCGACGCCCACACUGCUCACAAGAAGCUUAAGACAAGUUUUUGGGUAUGGGUCCUCCAUCCUUUGUCUCGUCCAUACAUAGCCUCUCCGGAAGUUUUGUCAUUGGGUUAAUUUGCAAAGCUACACUGCACAGUAGCAAUGCCACGAGAAACAGCAACUUUUGUGACAACCCCAAGAAUUCUUGACACUAUCCUUGGCAAAAAUACAAAGAAAUGAGUUUGAAAUGUUCACGUUUUCUAUUUCCAUUUGUUAAUAUAUUGAUUGGUUUUCUCAUCACCCCACUUCGCUGUCCUUUCUAAGCUCAUAAACAGUUGGAAAUUGGAACCUUCUAUCAACCAAAUUCAACAUCUUAUCCAUUCCAAUUCAAAAAUGCCAACUAGAUAUUUUUGCAUGAAUGUUGCUUGUGGGUUAAAGCUUUGAAUUUGGAG